UUGCCCCCAUAAACCCAUAUUCAGUGUCUCUCAAGAACUCAGGAUGAGAGACAUCUUGGGACUGAUCCUGUUAUUGUGCAGUGCACUUGCAUUUCAACCUGUUAUAGCCAAUGCAACUACCACAACAGAACGACCAAUAUGCAUACUGGACCCCCUUCUACCAAGCUGCCGUACCGCUGCUACGACUGAAUCGACAACUACUGAAAAAGAAACAACAUCCACUGCUAUUCCCACAUCAACGACAGCAACUUCCGCUACAACAUCAGCGGGAACAACAUCCACAGCUAUCCCUACAACAACCACAGCAGCUUCCGCAACUACUGAAGGAGUAACAACAUCCACAGCUAUACCCACAACAACCACCGCAGCUACGACAACUACUGCAGAAGCAACAACAUCCACAGCUAUCCCCACAACAACCACCGCAGCUACCACAACUACUACAGAAGCAACAACAUCCACAGCUAUCCCCACAACAACCACCGCUGCUACCACAACUACUACAGAAGCAACAACAUCCACAGCUAUCCCCACAGCAACCACCGGAGCUACCACAACUACUACAGAAGCAACAACAUCCACAGCUAUCCCCACAACAACCACCGCAGCUACCACAACUACUACAGAAGCAACAACAUCCACAGCUAUCCCCACAACAACCACCGCUGCUACCACAACUACUACAGAAGCAACAACAUCCACAGCUAUCCCCACAACAACCACCGCUGCUACCACAACUACUACAGAAGCAACAACAUCCACAGCUAUCCCCACAACAACCACCGCAGCUACCACAACUACUACAGAAGCAACAACAUCCACAGCUAUCCCCACAACAACCACCGCAGCUACCACAACUACAACAGAAGCAACAACAUCCACAGCUAUCCCGACAACAACCACCGCAGCUACCACAACUACUACAGAAGCAACAACAUCCACAGCUAUCCCGACAACAACCACCGCAGCUACCACAACUACUACAGUAGCUACUACAACAUCCACAGCUAUCCCCACAACAACCACCGCAGCUACCACAACUUCUACAGAAGCAACGACAUCCACAGCUGUCCCCACAACAACCACGGGAACAACAUCCACAGCUGUUCCCACUUCAACCACGGGAACCACAUCCACAGCUAUUCCCACUUCAACCACGGGAACGACAUCCACAGCUAUUCCUACUUCCACCACGGGAACAACAUCCACUGCUAUUCCUACUUCAACCACUGGAACAACAUCCACAGCUGUUCCCACUUCAACAACGGGAACAACAUCCACUGCUAUUCCCACAUCAACCACGGGAACCACAUCCACUGCUAUUCCCACAUCAUCCACGGAAACUUCCACAACUACUUCCACAACUGUGGGGUAUCCAUGUAACGAGUUUCCAUUGUUACCAAUAUGCUUGCAAAGCAGUACAAGCACGACGACGUCUAAGACAACAACGUCCACAAAUAAUCAACACCAUCAACACCAUCACUACCAUAAUCGGCCUGGCUUUCCGUUCGCACCACCGCCUCCUCCGCCCCCACCACCGUUUCCAUUCCCUAUCAACUUAGCUACUGCUGAUGCCGAGGUUGUUGCAAUCUUACCUUUUCCUCCACUGAUAGCACCACCCCCACCCCCACCUCCACGUCACCCAUCUUUUGGAAACCUUUUCGGAAAAUAG